CUGCGCUUAGCCGGGAGCAGAGCGGACAGCGCCAGCCAGAGCGGAGCUCCGUGCGUCCCCCACCCGCCGGGCCAGACUGGAAGCCACUUAAGGAAGGAUAUUCCAUGUCCUCUCUGGGAUCUCAAGCCAGGCCAAAACCCAGCAGUACCUGACUGGCCCAGGGAGGCAGCAGGCCCAGCCGCAUAUGCACACUUCUCUGUUGGUGUGAGAGCUAGUGAUCCUGCUGGUGGCCCCUGACCAUGGAGGCACCUCUGCAGACAGAAAUGGUGGAGCUGGUGCCCAACGGCAAACACUCGGAGGGGCUGCUCCCCGUCACCACCCCCACGGCCGGCAACCCGAGGGUCGAGGGCCCCAGACGGAGCUGUGUUGAGGGCGAGGGCUUCCUACAGAAAAACCCCAGCAAGGAGCCGCACUUCACUGACUUCGAGGGGAAGACCUCAUUUGGGAUGUCAGUGUUCAACCUCAGCAACGCCAUCAUGGGCAGCGGCAUCCUGGGUCUCGCCUACGCCAUGGCCAACACGGGCAUCAUCCUUUUCCUGUUCCUGCUGACGGCCGUUGCCCUGCUCUCCAGCUACUCCAUCCACCUGCUACUCAAGUCCUCAGGGAUCGUGGGCAUCCGUGCCUACGAGCAGCUGGGCUACCGUGCCUUUGGGACCCCAGGGAAGCUGGCAGCGGCCCUGGCCAUCACGCUGCAGAAUAUUGGAGCCAUGUCCAGCUACCUGUACAUCAUCAAGUCUGAGCUGCCCCUUGUCAUACAGACCUUCCUGAACCUGGAGGAGCAAACCUCGGACUGGUACAUGAACGGGAACUACCUGGUGAUCCUAGUUUCUGUCACCGUCAUUCUGCCUCUGGCACUGAUGCGGCAGCUUGGCUACCUGGGUUACUCCAGCGGCUUCUCUCUCAGCUGCAUGGUGUUCUUCCUAAUCGCUGUCAUCUACAAAAAGUUCCACGUGCCCUGCCCACUGCCCGUCAACUUCGCCAACAUCACGGGCAACUUCAGCCUCGUGGAGGUCACCAAGGAGGAGGCACAGCUGCGGGUUGAGACAGAGACCACAGCCCUCUGCACCCCGAGCUACUUCACACUCAACUCACAGACGGCAUACACCAUCCCCAUCAUGGCCUUCGCCUUCGUCUGCCAUCCCGAGGUGCUGCCCAUCUAUACAGAGCUCAAGGAUCCCUCCAAGAGGAAGAUGCAGCACAUCUCCAACCUGUCCAUCUCCGUCAUGUAUGUCAUGUACUUCCUGGCUGCCCUCUUCGGCUACCUCACCUUCUACGACGGGGUGGAGUCAGAGCUACUGCACACCUACAGCAAGGUGGACCCAUUCGACGUGCUGAUCCUCUGUGUGCGUGUGGCCGUGCUGACGGCAGUCACACUCACGGUGCCAAUCGUUCUGUUUCCGGUGCGCCGUGCCAUCCAGCAGAUGCUGUUUAAGAACCAGGAGUUCAACUGGUUGCGGCACACGCUCAUUGCCAUUGGCCUGCUCACUUGCAUCAACCUGCUGGUUAUCUUCGCUCCCAACAUCCUGGGCAUCUUCGGGGUCAUCGGUGAGGGUCUGGCCCAGCUGUGUAUAGAGACAGGGCAUUGGCCCAGAGAAUUUCCUAUCUGCCAAUCCUGGCAGAUUCCUGAGAUCAUACCCUACAUUUAAGUGAUGGCUACUGGCCAUGUGUGCACAGCUUGGCUUCCU